CAGAAUUGCUCUUUACAGGAAGAGGAGAGGAAGCAGGCGUUGCUCAGGGAAAAGAAAUGGAUCACUAAACGACGAGUUUAUUUGAGUUUAAGUAAACAGCGAGUUUUUUGCGAAUGGUACAGCUGCCAUCCUUUGUAGGAUACUUUAUAUAAAAUAUAACGUCUUAAGAGCAGUUUUCUAAUCCCCAAGCGAAGGAGCCUGAAUGCAGCGUUUACACUCCUUCCAUGUUGUCCGUGCUGUUAUUUUGGAUUAGUUAGUUUAACUCACGAACACGGGUUUAACUUCUCUACCGACGAUUUAAGCCAAGUAAACGUUUAAAAUGGUACAAUGUUUAUAUUUGACCACACUUCUACUUUCAGUAUCACUGCAGUUUAUACCGUUGUGUCAGUCGGUCGAAUGGGAAAAGCACUCUGGUCCCCUUCAAAAUGCGCGGUCCAUCAUCACCAGUUUGUCCGAGGAAGCCCACGGUUUCCUGGUCUCUGCAAUUGGUGAAAAAAGGGUCGACCUGUCUCUCAAGUUUCUCCAAAGCGGUGUGAAAUGGCUGUCAGAUGCAGUGGCAUCAGCUCUUAACGUGGCCAUCCGGUAUAUUACGGAAAUCUUGGAAUCGGCAGGAAUUGAUGCCAAAUUACCUUUCCAAAAAGUGACUCCGGAGGGGGUGAUUUUUGUGGCUCAGUGGGCCAUUCUGGCUGUUUUGGCCUACUGGAUCUUGUCCUUCAUCCUGCGUUUGGUUGUGGGAGCUGUGAGGCAGGUGCUGUGGCUGCUCAAGCUCUCCUUUGCUGUUGGCACGUUUGGAUUGAUUCUCAGCGACACUGGAGCCUCAGCAGAAACCACAGCGCUGAGAUUAGCAGGCCUGGCGUGUGUCUGUGUCCUGCUGGGAAUAGGUACAACAUCCGCAAAGCCAGACGCACACCUGGAGAACAAAGUCAAGAUGCUGGAGAGGAGAUUAAAAGAGAUGGAGAAAAGCAAAAUGGAGUGAGAUGAUGGAAAGCAGAUCUGAAAUAACACAAUUACAAAUCCGGGAUGUUAAACUUGAAAAUAGAAGCACGAUUUUGUUGUCAAAACUUUGUUCAAUAUUUGUUUGUUAAAAGAUCAGUCGAUUUGCAAAGUUGACUUAACUUUUAAAAUUGAGCUAAUCCAUUUAACUUGGAACUGUUAAAUUGACUUUAUUUUUAUAAUUAUGCACACAGUUCAUUUACUUAAUCAUUUUAAGGAAACAGGUUUACUCAUUUUUUCUAGGUAAAGUCAACUGAUUGUGUUUAACAGUGUAGGAUUCGUGUCGGAUCCCAUAGCAUAACUGUUUAUGGCAUUUAUCACAUUGCAUUGUAAACCAAAAUACUAAAUCAAAUGUACAAGCAUUUGUGAUUCAGGGAAAUGUAUUUAACAAGUUCAUUAUAAUAAAAUUGUUGACAAAACCCUUGUCUGAUAA